AUGCCGCGCGUGUACAACAAAGAAGGCGAUGAAGUCCGCCCGGUCUGCGGCCUAUGCAGCAGCAAGGGCCUGUUCUGCACCCGCUCCGAGAAGCCCGUCACUUUCAUCCCGCAGCAAGGCCCGUCAUCCAAGCGCAAGCACGUCGCCGUCGUCGAGGAGGAGGAGAAAGUGACGAGGGAGGGAGAGCAGCCCGACAUCGCCGUCGCGUCGAGCCCCCGCGUCGCGCUGGCCCGGGCAGACACCGCGGCGGCGCUGCACCACUACGUCUCUGCCAUCGCGGCUUGGUAUGACCUCGGCGACCCGGCGCGGCACUUUGCCACCGUCGUCCCGCUGCUCGCGCUUGAAGAGCCGCUCUUGUUCUGCGGGGUGGUGGCCGUCGCGGCGAUGCACCUCGGCAAGACGACGACGACGGCGACGACGAAGACGGCGGGGGCGAGAGCGGCGUUGGCCAUGGCGGGGGUGUAUCACGCCGAGUGCGUGGCGAGGCUGAUUGCCUUGGGCGAGGGGAGCGCGCUGCUGGAGAAUGGGGUGGCGCUGGCGACGGUCUGUCUGCUGCGGUCGUAUGAGAUUCUCGACGAGGAAAUCGAUCCGAACCGCCAUCUGCAGGGCGCAUACUCGCUGGCCUCGCGCCGGGGCUUGCUCAACGACGCUCCCAAUGCCCUCUUCACGGCCGGGUUCUGGAACUACCUGCGCGAGGACAUCUCGUUUAGUCUUUUCCAGGGCUGUCCGCUCAAGAUGGACCUGAACGGUGUCGUCGUCCCGCCCGGGGAUGCUGCCCUCCCGCCAGGCCAUCUCCACGCCGCGUCGCUUAUCCUGGGGCGCGUCAUCAACGCCGUGUUUCAGCGGCCGGUCGUCGGCAGCGAAGAGUGGAUGGAGCUGUUGCGUGUCACCAAGGCUUGGUACGGGAGCCUGUCGUCGGCGCAGAAGCCGUUUUCUCGCAUAGAAGGAGCGGGAGGAGGAGGAGGAGGAGGAGAAUUAACCAAGGUGUGGUUCCUGGAGGACUCACAUGCAUCCGCGAUGCACUACUUUUUGACCAUUUGCUGCAUCCUCACGAUAUCCGCCUCGCCGGAGCAGCUCGCCCAUCUGCCCCCCGCGCACGACGGAGCCGCCGCCGCCGACGACUCUGCGCCGAGCCGAGACGACUUGCUCGACGGCUACGCAUCGGAAAUAUGCGCCAUUGCGUUUACGGCGCGUAUCCCGUCCGUUCUCGUCAAUGCCUUUGGGCCCAUGUCCUACAGCGCCAAAUACAUUCGGAACGCGGCUGUGCGACAUGGAGUCCUCGGCAACUUGACGGGGUGCAAGAGGGUCAUUGGAUGGCCCGCGGAGAAGCUGAUGGACGACUUGAAGGCGGCGUGGUGGACGGCGGGGGGCAAUUGA